CCAUCGCGUCUGGCGAUAUCGCUGGCCACGAGCCGCCGCCCUCCCCCGAAUGGGCUCAGGCCACCUUUCUCGCUCCCAUUGCCCCCCGUCCGUCGCUCCUCGUCCCAUCCCACAACGCCCGGGCCCGUCCUCCACCCUCCAUUCUCCUCCGUUCAGCGUCGCCUCGCCUCGCCUCCAGCCGCUCCCCUUCUUCGUCAUCGCUCCUGCCCUUGGCCGCGCUGCUGCAUCCAGUCUGCCGCUCCCGAAAGCAUAUCCCGCCUUGAGCCAACAUGGGCCUCUUUAGCUGGUUCUGGAUUGCCAUGGUGCCCCUUCUGGCCCUGGUCAUCUACCCCACUGUCCACCAGAUCAACGCCGUCAAGCCCCCCAGCCAGCUCAACUUCCACAACGACCAGUGCCACGAAAUCAACUCACCCUUUACCCAAGGAUGCGAAACGAUCAAGAUCAUCGGGGACUAUGCGUAUUCAGCUUGCGUCGGCGAUAUUGCCCAGCGCAAGGUCUGGUUCCCGCCUCUCAGCCGUAGAGACCCCCGCGGCAACUCGACCGGCCAUAUCGUCCGCAUCCACUUGAAGUCCGAAGAAGUCUCGGUCCUCAAGUUCGCCAACUUUGACCCCGCAACGUUUUACCCGCACGGCAUCGAUAUCAAGGCUGACAGCGAGGAUCCCACGGUCGUGCGGAUCGGUGCCAUCAACCACGGCAAGACUGGGAGCUCGGUCGAGCUCUUUGAGCACCGCACCGAGACCGACGAGCUUGUCCACUACGAAACCUUCCAGAACGAAAAGCUCCUGCCCCGGCCUAACAGCAUCUGGCUCCUGAGUCGCAGUGAGUUCUACGUCACCAACGAUGGAAAGUUCAAGUCUCUGGUGCUCUCGUCCCUCGAGCGGUCCCUGAAUCUCAAGUUUGGCAGCGUCGUGUUUCGCGGCGAGAACGGCAAGGCUCGCAUCGUGGCCGAAGGCCUUGCCUAUCCCAACGGCAUCGUCGGCUCCUCCGAUCAGUCCACCGUGUAUGUCUCCUCGUCCUUUGGACAUGGCGUGCACGUCUACAGUCGUAAGGACACCGGCAGUCUGCGCCAGACCGAGUUUGUAUCUCUGGGCAUUCAAGUCGAUAACGUCGCAUACGACGAAGUUGACAACAGCGUUUAUGCCGCUGGUGGCGCCGAUCAUGUCGCCGGCGUCAAGUCCAUGCUUUUUGACAUUCCAUCUCGAUUCGCCAAUGCGGCAUACAAGAUCAGCGCGGCAACCGACGAUCGAGUCUUCUAUGGCCAUCAGCUCAAGUCCGAGUUGCUGUGGUCUGGUGAGGACGAGUUUAUCACCAGCGCGAUCGUGGACCGUCAAAACAACAACAUCUGGAUCUCGAGUUUCAGCCGACCGCAGAUCCGAGUCUGCAAACUCGAGACCGCCUCAUAAAAAUGUGCGAAGCGACGUGAGCCAGAGCGGAGGCCACGCUCCGUUCCUCCUUCCUCUUCUUCCCUUUUCAAACCUUUGAUACUAGUGUCCCAUUUGUAAUGGCCACUAUAGUCGAUCCAAUAACACGGGAUGCCCCGGAUUUUGAGCAUUUAUCAAUUCUGGUCAUCCAAAACCAAUGCGCGCUGGUCAUGACCAUUCUGUGAUGCGAUUCUGGAUCUGAAUCGAGGACGCGAUUGUGG